AUGUCUCGCGCUCAGCAGGAUUUCCAAGGCACCAGCAACAACUACUCGCAGGCCGACCAAACCUGGCAGAACCAGCCGCCGAACAAAAUGCCCGCCGACUGGAACGCACAGAACGCGCAAGGCGCCCAAGCCUUCCAGCCCACAAGCAUGCGUCCGGGCGACGACCUGAACUCAGACCAGUACGGCCAGACGAGCAACCAGUAUCCGCCCACGGGCCUCUCCGCCGCCCCCGGGCACGGCGGCCAGCUCGGCGCGUCGGGCCAACAGCUCCGUGACCCCGCCUCGACGACCGGCGCUGGCAUCACCAACACCCCGGGCGGUGGACCGUUUGGCCAUGGCCACCAGCACCAGCACCAGCAGUUCGAUCACGACGUUCCCGGACAGCACGCGCGGACGUCCGGGAGCGGCGGCGCUGGUGCUGCGGUUCCCCCUUCGUCCGUGCAGGCUCAGGCGACGAAGCCAAGUGCUAGUGAACGGAUCAUCGGUAACACCGAGAAGCUCGCCGGGAAGGUGUCCGGGAGCGCAGGACUAGUCCAACGCGGCGAAGCUCGCAAGACCGGCGGUGGCUUGAAUCAGGAGAACUUCUAGACUGGUGACGACGAAUAUACGCACCUGCCGACGGAGAGCUGUACGAGUGUAAUACAGUGAUGGCGCUGUAUGCGUAGUGACGCUUAUUGUAAUUGUACCUGAAUUGGAAUGGAACAUUUACGCUAGUCCG